GGAAGUUGUAGUGUUGAAUUGUUUUCUACGUUUGAAAGCUCUGGACGAUUAUAGCUAGCUACCUCGAACAGUCUUCAAUACGGGAGAGUAUGAGCGAAGGUGAGGUUUUUCAUGAGAAACAGAGACUGGAGUUGUGUGCUAUCCAUGCUCUGAACAACGUGCUGCAGGAAAGGGUGUUCACCAAGGAGACGGCGGACGACAUCUGCAAACGGUUAGCUCCUCAGUGCGUGGUGAAUCCUCAUCGCUCCGUGUUCGGGACGGGAAACUAUGAUGUUAACGUUAUAAUGGCAGCGUUGCAGAGUAGAGGACUGUCUGCCGUCUGGUGGGACAAACGCAGGUCAGUGCAGAGUUUGUGUCUGGAGAAAGUCCAGGGUUUCAUCCUAAACGUUCCGUCUCGGGUGUCACUGGGGAUCGUGUCCCUACCCCUCCGUCGACGGCACUGGUUGGCCGUCAGACAGGUAAACGGGCAGUACUACAACCUGGACUCCAAACUGAAGAGCCCCACCUGCAUCGGAGGAGAGAGCGAACUCCGGUCCUUUCUUAAUGAACAGUUGUCUCAGGAUGUGGCAGAGAUGCUGCUGGUCGUCCAGAGGGAAGUGGAGGAAGAUGGGAGUUGGUUGACCCCAGAUGACCCCAGGAAGUGAUUCCUCUGACGUUAAUGGGACGUUUAUGUCUUUGGACGGGAAGCUCAGAAAAAAAACAAACAAACACCAGAAGCAAGAGAGAAAAUCACGUUAUGAGUGGAGAGAGGGAGGGAGCUCACACGUGAGGCAUUUCUCUGAUGAAAAGAAAAACAAUGAAACUACAGAGGACUGAUGACCUGCGUGACUGUCUUUCU